AUGGAAAAUAAUGUUACUGAAUUUAUCCUCAUGGGUCUUACCCAAAAUCAGGAAGCGCAGCAAAUAUGCUUCUUUUUGUUCAUCCUCUUUUAUAUGAUCCUCAUGACUGGAAAUUUUUUAAUUAUAAUGACUAUUCAAAGGAGCCCAAAUCUCAACUCUCCAAUGUACUUCUUCCUUAGCUUCCUGUCAUUUGUUGACAUCUGUUAUUCCUCUGUUACAGCCCCCAAGAUGAUCACUGACUUUCAAGUCAACGUCAAAAGAAUCUCUCUGGUUGGUUGUAUGGCCCAACUCUUUUUUGUCCAUCUGCUUGGUGGCACAGAGAUCUUUAUCCUCACAGUGAUGGCCUAUGACAGGUACGUGGCCAUCUGCAAGCCCCUACACUACUUGACCAUCAUGGACUGGAAAUUCUGCUCCAUACUGGUGGUGUCCUGUUGGCUAGGAGGGUUUGUGCAUACCUUUAUCCAGACCAUGCUCACUGUCCACCUGCCGUUCUGUGGCCCCAGCCUGAUCGACCACUACUUCUGUGACGUCCACCCCUUACUGAAGCUGGCUUGCACAGACACAUAUGUGGUGGGGCUCAUUGUGGUGGCCAACAGUGGCAUGAUUUCACUCAUCUCCUUUGUCAUCCUUGUGGGUUCUUACACAGUCAUCUUGCUUUCCUUCAAGACCCGCUCAUCAAAGGGGAGACGCAAGGCCCUGUCCACGUGUGCUUCCCACAUCACUGUCGUCAUCCUGUAUUUUGUCCCCUGCAUCUUCAUCUACCUGAGGCCUUCUACCACUUUCCCGGAGGACAAGAUGGUAGCUUUAUUUUACACCAUCAUCACACCCAUGCUGAACCCUCUGAUCUACAGCCUGAGAAACGUGGAAGUGAAAAAUGCCAUGAGGAGACUGUGGAUCAAGAGGUUGCUGGGCAGAAAUCGGAGAGACCCUGAUGGGAAGUUCGAUGGAAUUGCUAUUCUCCACCGUCUCGCAGCCGAAUUAAAGAUUGCUUUCUCAGCACAGUCCUCUGGCGCCACCUGGUGGCAGCUUCCAAAAUCGUUGCCAACAACUGACGGCAGUGAACUCGAGUCCGAAGACCUCCCCUGCCUGCAGGAAAAUACCAGCCAGGCCCUCCAACCGGGCAGACUCACACUUAGCCAGGAGCAAGAAGGGAAUUUUUUGAGUCAAGUCCUGCACUUCUCUGGCAGCGGCAGUGCUGUGGGCGGGGCGUACGUCCACGUGGGAUUUGACGCCCGGCCCCCAUCACCAUGGUUUCCUGAGGAACUGGAGUGGGAAGGGGUGUGGCGCACAGAACUGCCGCAUGAACAGGGACCUCUGAAGAAGUCACAGAGCUCUGCAAGGCUUGCGUGCCAGGGGCAGGCCACUUGUGCAGGCCCGGAAGCCAUCCGCCCACACCCAGCUGCACCCAACACCCCGGGGCCCGCGGGGCAUCCGUGA